AUGGGGGUAAAAAAGGUUGUUCAUAUUUGUUAUUUUUUUUCUUGCUUUAUACUCUUUUUCUUUUGUUUUUUUUUUUGUUUUUUGUUUUUUUCAUUUCUUUUUCUUUUUUUCUUUCUUAAUUUUCUGAUAUUCUUUCUUUUUGGAUUUUUCCACCUCGUCAAUUUUUUCUUUCUUUACUUUUUGUUUUGCAUUUCUAUUUCAUUAAAUCAUGUCUUUUCUUUACUUUUAUAUCUCUCACUCACUCACUUUCUCCUCCUCCUUGAAUUUUCUCCUUUCCAUUUUCUUUCUGGUGGUUGUUUUUUAAUACAUCGAUCUCUCUUUCUACGUCAUUCUGUCUUUUUGUGUAUAAAUUUCUUACUGACACCCAGCCACACACCUGCAAACUCACUGUUUUUAUGUAUGCCUGUCUCUGUCUCUCUGUCUCUGUCUCUCUCUCUCUCUCUCUCUCUCUCUCUCUCUAUCUAUCUAUCUAUCUAUCUAUCUGACUGUCUAUCUGUUAAUGGUUAUCUUUACUUUGGUCGCAAUACAACGUUUUCUUUCCUUUUCCGUCUUCAACAUAUUACUUCCAGCCCUACUUGUUUAAUACCAUCCCUACCAUUACUGCCAGCAUCUUUCAUCACUUGA